AUGGAGUUACUGGUGCUGGAGCAAUUCCUCAGCAUCCUUCCUGAGGAAAUCCAGAGCUGGGUCUGGGUGCGACAUCCUGAAUCCUGCGCCCAAGCCGUCGCCUUGGCCGAGAGCUUCCAGUUGGGACAGGGAGAUCCCAAUGGGAUUUGGGAGCAGCAGGUGACGGUGCGCGUGAAGGUGGAAGAGGUGGCCCCAGGGGACGUGGAGGACCCCGAAAUGGUGGGGGACCCACCAAGCCCCCCACCUGAGUCACCCCAGCUCCCCUCCGGAGAUGGCUGGCGGGAGGAGGUAGCCCGAAGCAAGGUCAAGUUUGUCCCCGAGGAAGAGGAGCGGCGCCGGCAAGAAGCAGCAGGUCCCACCGCAGCGAGCAGAGACUCGGAGGUGUCCGAUUUGCAACGUCAAGACCCCCCGCACCCACCCAGCACCCUCCAAGGUGCCCCGACAGCCGGGACCCCUACCCGGAGGGGGACCCACCGGCGCCAGAUCCCACCCUUCCCACAGCCCCUCGCCCAAGGUCCGCCUGGACUGGCAGAGGACACCAGGAGCCCAGAGAAGCCCUGGGUGAAGCGGGAGCUGUCGGCGCAGGGGAAGGACCGUCCGUACCCCUGUGGCGAGUGCGGCAAGAGCUUCGGCCGGUUGACCCACCUGAAGACCCACCAGCGAACCCACACGGGUGUGAAGCCCUACGCCUGCGGGGCUUGCGGCAAGAGUUUCGGCCACCUCUCCACCCUCACCACCCACCAACGGCUUCACACGGGUGAGCGUCCCUACGCCUGCGGUUCCUGCGGCAAGACCUUCACCAACCCAUCGGACCUCAACAAGCACCAACGGUCGCACACGGGCGAGCGACCCUACCCUUGCGCCGCUUGCGGCAAACGCUUCAGCCAACAAUCCAACCUCACCAUGCACCAACGGAGCCACACCGAGGAGCGACCCUACCCCUGCGGCGCCUGCGGCAAGAGCUUCAAGUAUUUGGCGGACCUGACGGUGCACGAGCGCUCGCACACGGGGGAGAGACCCUUCCCCUGUCCCCACUGCGGGAAGAGCUUCAGCAACAAGUCCUCCCUCGCCCGGCACACGCGCAUCCACGCCCGCGCGGCCCAGGGAUAA